CUCUAUCUCUUAGCAGGUCACCGUCACUCAGACUCGUCCAUGAUGGCUUGCGCUUGUGUCGAGAAGCUGCAGUCCCUCUGCCUGCGUCUGAAGGUGGCCUGUCGUCACUGCUGCAGAGUCGGUAAAUCGCAGAGGCGAUCCAUCAAGAUUUCCGAUCCUUUCGACUUCAAGCACAUCUCAGAUGUCCCUGAGGGCCUGAACCAGGAUGAAAUCAACGUCCUCCGCGAGAAGGCCGCCGCCAGCCGCAUGGUAGCCAUUGAGGACCAGCCCUCCUCGAGGCCCUGCUCACGCAACGGCGACUACCAUCAUCACCUCCACCACCACCACACGGCCUUUGGCGUCUUCGGCACCCGCCCCCAGCCCCAGGUCAAGUCCCGUGCCGGCUACCGCGGCCUGGCCUCCUCGUCUGCAGCAAACGCAGGCCGCGGCCUCUCGUACGCCGCAUUGACUGAGUCCCGCCCAUCGAUCACGCAUUCCUUCGCGGCCAUCGACGAUUCCGCCACGGCUGGGUCGCUGUCGCCUACCAGCUCCAUCGCCACAACCACAACCAUGAACUCGGCGGGCGGACGGCAGGAGAUGAGGGGUCUUUCUAUCUAGAAAGGGCCAUUCUUCCUUGCACCAGAACUCAAAUCACUCGAGCCUGCCCAGCACGGUCCUCGGCCCGAUCCCUCUCCUUCUCUCUCUGCCUGCUGGCUUUUUGCCCCUGCCCAAGACGUGGACGUCAUUACUUCCAAAUUUUUUUCUCCCCCUCUUUGUGAGACUCUGCAUUUCAUCAUCAGCCGUGGAGCGCUUAUUGUAUGAUUGGCUGCAAUGGAGAGCAGCAUAAUGAAAGCGCUGGAUCAAUUUUAAAAACAUGACCAUAUUUCAACACCGACGAAAAACCGACGACGACCAACGCCUCAAGAAACAGUUGGAUGGGUGAAGAAUGAACCCCUCCCCCCUCGGGCGAGAAAAAAAAAAAAAAAGAGCCUUGCAAAGUGUAUUAUCUUCAUUAUCAUCACUGUCACCGGAGUUUCCACUUAUUAUUACCACCCCCACAGACACAAGACUGUCUACCGUGUGUUUCUUUCUCUUUUCUUAUCAUUCUUACCAUGGGCGCUUUUCUUAAGGGGCAAAGGGACCAGGCAACUACCCGAGGCAUCUAUUUUCUGACCCUGAUACUGGCUAUCAGAGGAGAGGGAAGAGGCUGGGAAGAGAAGCAGGGAAAAUGCACACGCCGUGUGUCUUUUUGAAGGCAAGACUGGCUGGCUGGCUGGCUGGCUGGCUGAGUGAGUUCGGAGCUUUUGAAUUUCCUUCGGGAUGUGAUUGUAUUAUUAGCAUAUUACGGAAUUCCAUCAGGUGUGGCCAUUAAGCAAGACGCUGGCUGAGAAGGCAUCAUCAUCCUGUGAAAUGAGCGAGAAGAGCUUGAACAAAUAAACAAAUGUUGAUAAUGAGAUUCGCACCC